AUGGCCAGAGCCGCCGCUCUCCGCGGCCUUCGUCGAGCAGAAGUCGAACGACCCCCGCUUUGCUCAAAGACCCCUCGCAGGCGGCUGCCGGUGGUGCCACGAGCAUGCAUGUCUUCCGUCGCGAAAGCCGUCGGCAUCGCGCCCGCACCUCCGCCGCCGGCGCAGGGCCCCGAACUGGCCGCGGCGCAGCGGGCCAUUGAAGCCAAAAAGAUACUGCAGAAGGCUGCCAGCGCGACUACCGUCCGGCACGAUUGGACGAAGGAUGAGAUCUCCGCCAUCUAUUACCAGCCCUUGAUGGAGCUGGCCUUCCAAGCUAGCUCCGUCCACCGCCGAUUCCACAACCCCGCCGAGGUUCAGCUCUGCACCCUCAUGAACAUCAAGACGGGCGGCUGCACCGAGGACUGCUCCUACUGCGCCCAGUCCACCCGGUACCAGGACGGCACGGGCCUGAAGGCCAAGAAGGUCGAGAGCGUCGAGUCCGUCCUCGCGGCGGCGCGCAAGGCCAAGGAGAACGGCAGCACGCGGUUCUGCAUGGGCGCCGCGUGGAGGGACAUGCGCGGCCGCAAGAACAGCCUCAAGAACAUCAAGGAGAUGGUCAGCGGCGUGCGCGGGAUGGGCAUGGAGGUCUGCGUCACGCUCGGCAUGAUCGACGAGCACCAGGCGCGCGAGCUCAAGGAGGCCGGCCUGACGGCCUACAACCACAACGUCGACACCAGCCGCGAGUUCUACCCGUCCGUCAUCUCGACCCGCAGCUACGACGAGCGCCUCAAGACGCUGGGCCACGUCCGCGACGCCGGCAUCAACGUCUGCUCCGGCGGCAUCCUCGGACUGGGCGAGUCGUCGGAGGACCGCGUCGGCCUGCUGUACACCGUUUCGACGCUGCCGUCGCACCCGGAGAGCUUCCCCGUCAACGCCCUCGUGCCGAUCAAGGGGACCCCGCUGGGCGACCGGACGCCGAUCCAGUUCUCUAGCAUGCUCCGGACCAUCGCGGCCGCCCGCAUCAUCAUGCCUGCCACCAUCAUCCGCAUCGCGGCGGGGCGCAAGACCAUGUCGGAGGAGCAGCAGGCCAUGUGCUUCAUGGCUGGCGCUAACGCCAUCUUCACGGGAGAGAAGAUGCUGACGACGGACUGCAACAGCUGGGAUGAGGAUAACGCCAUGUUUGGGCGGUGGGGCUUGAAGCCGAUGAAGAGCUUUAACAAGUCGGCGACCCCGGUCGGUGAGGCUGGUCUAUAA